UUUAUUUGAAAUCUUACGUGGCGACUUUACAAAUGGCGGAUGACAAAACUUUGUCUGUUGAGAUAAGAAAACUUCGCAAAAAACUACGCCAGAUUGAGCAUUUGGAUCAACUAGAUCGUGAAUUAACGGACGAAGAAUACUUGAAGGUUAAGAAGAAGGACCAAGUUCGUAAAGAACUUCAAAAACUUGUUGCACAACGGGAAAAAAUUCUCAAAGAUGUGAGAAAGAUGGAGUUGGCAGCUCAGAUUUCUCUUACCAAAAGUGAACAAAAUCCAACAGCUGGGAAUGAUGAAGAAGAAGGAGAAGAGGAUGACAGGAUAGAGGAGGAAAGACAACUUAUUGAUUCAAGGUUACAGCAUGAGAGCGCUGCAGAGGGGGGUAGUGAUGAUAACUAUAGUGAAGAGAUAGCACCAAGGAAAAGUGAUGUCAAUGCAGAUAACUUUGUUGCUCAGACUGCUGUAACUGUUCCAUCAUCAUCAUCAACAACACCAGCAUCAACAUCAGCAGCAGCAUCAUCAUCUUCAGCAUCAUCACUAUCAACAGCAGCAGCAGCUUCAUCAGUGUCACAAUCAUCUACCAAAACAUCAUCAUCAAAAUCAUCUUUUACAUCACUACCAUCAUCAUCAACAACCAAAAGCAGCAAAAAACCAACAGCUCUGUCCAAAGUACAGCAAGAAUGGAAGAAUGCUUCAUUUAAUGUUCAAGUACUCGAAGGUCAUAAUGAUAACAUCACUGAUGUUGACUGUGGAGAGACGGUUAUCAUCUCUGGAAGUCGCGAUACUAUGCUAAAAGUAUGGGAUGCUGAUACAGGUCAUGAACUACGUAGUAUGGGAGGACAUACUGGUACUGUGACAGCAGUGAAGCUGGUACCAAACUUGGCGAUCAACCUCAGCGAAGACGGUCAAAUGCGAAGAUCUAUUUAUACAUACUCAUCAGUCGAGUGCUUGGAUUAUAACAAGGAAAAUAUCGCCUCUGGCUCAGAGGGUGGUAAGGUUGAAUUAUGGGAUGUCAAUACUGGAGACAACGUCAGAUCCACCAUCAGCCAUGAGGAUAUUGUGACUUGUAUCAAGUUUCAAGACGAUAAUCGUGUCGUUAGCAGUUCUGUAACAGGCGUGGUCAAAGUAUGGGACAUUCGAGACCGAUCUUCCAGCCCUGUCUUUAGUACAGAAAGUUCUGAUGUACCAUACAAAAAGAGAGAAAUCCGUUGUCUAGCAACUAAUGGCAAUUCUAUUUACUGGGGAGAUGAUGGUGCUAAUGUUAAGGUUCUGGAGCUGGCUUCUGGAAAAUUAAGAAAGCUUCGUAAUCAUACUACUGAUUUUGGUUCAACCAAUGCCAUUUUGGCAACAGACUCGUGUUUGAUCAGCGCUGGGUACAACAUCGACAAAGGAAAUGGAUACAUGAAUGUUCGCAGUCUACCAGACGAACAGUACCUAGCUACAAUAAACGACAAUAACACGAGCUGUAUCACGUGCAUGUCACGUGCUCAGGUCAAUAAAGAAGGGCAGGCCCUCAAUAGACUUUGUACUGGAGGCGCUGAAAUGAAAAUGUGGAACCAAUUACCACUGAACAGAGUUAAAAAGAGAACAAGAACGGAAUCAGACGAUGGUUUUAUCACCGCAAAACACGUAAGACGUUACAGCCUACCAGAUGUGAGCGAUACCGAAGACAGUGAUGAUGAUGAUGAUGAUAACGAUGUACAUAAUAGUUAUGAAGAUGAACAUGAUGGUGAUGACGAGGAUGCUACUCCCAGUGGCUCCUGGUGUACGAUAUCCUAGAAAUACAUGAUCGAGUAUGUGAUUGUAAAAGCGUCUUAAGGCUUUUUUUUUCUCUCGCAAUUUCUGGCCUGAAAACAAAAUUUAUUCCACCAAGUUAUGAAAAAAAUGUCUAACUACAGAUAAUAUUUGAGUAUUUGAAAUUUUAAUAUUACACUUAUUAUAUCUACCUAUUUUCUAGAUGUACCAAUUUGUUGCUUAAGGUGGCUGCCUACUUUUGAACGUUCGAAUUGAGCCCACGAUGAGCGCGCGCUCAAAAACCGCUGAAAAAUCUACAAGAUUUUAUUGAAGAACCAUACGCGUUUUGAGCUUCAACAGGGCAAAACCCUCAAAUUUUG